AUGCGAAUUCUUCUCGAUGUUCAUCCAUUAAUAAGAUGUGGUCCAGAACCAGUGGUUACAACAUCCAUAUUACGAUUUAAAAAAUUCUAUGAACAUAUGCCAAAACAAUUGUAUGCUGCAGGAAUCUACCCGCAUGUAUAUAAUCGUGCAAUAGCUGCAUUUUUUAAUGAAAUUCUUAUUAAUAUGGGUCCACCAGCUGACAGGUUAUGUCAUAAACAACCAUUUUCAUUUUAUUAUUUAAAUUAUUUAAAUGAAAUAUUUCCAAAUGCAAAAUUUAUUCAUAUGAUACGUGAUGGACGUGCUGUGAUUGCUUCAUCGAUUAAGAUUACUAAAAAAAUGUAUGAAGAUUGUAUGCGAAUUGGUUCAACACGUUGUUUAACCAUACGUUAUGAAGAUUUAAUAUUGAAUACAAUGAAAGAAACAAAAAAGAUUUUUCAGUAUGUUCAAUAA